GGACCAUAAAGUAAAAGUUUUGGGGUAAGUGGUUUGGAAAAUAAUUCUCUAGUGAACCUUCAUCUUUUUGUGACAAAACUUUCUCCUUUGGUAUCCUAUAUCUUCAGAGAUGAGAACAAGACCUGGACUUUGCCAUCAGUGCUACCAAAUGUGUUCAAACUAGAGAGUCUUUCAGGAUUUGACUCCAAGUCAGAGACAGGAACAAUCCCAUUUGCACAAGAGGAAGUUAAAACGGAGUCUAUGCAAAAGAAAGGAUGUGAAAGUUUUCCUGAAAGUGCAAAGAAAGUACAAAUAUAUCUAUCCAAGGUAGAACUGGAUUCUCUCUCUUGUAUAGCAGCCAAGUUACAGCCUGGAGUGACCGUGAAGGAGCCAAAUAUGGUACAAUUGCACUCAAGUCUCCUUCAAUAUUCAAACGUUCCUGGCAUUCCAUCUAUUCAUCAGUCAGUGGAAGCUCUUGUAGCGUGGUCUGCUACUGAUAUGAAUGUAUUGGUCCAGCCAUUACCCAGCAAGAGACUGCCUUUGCUAAUCUAUUCAGACUGUGUUAGUGACACUAAUAUGAUCAAACUAAUGGUGGCCAUGUUGCCAACAAGUCCUAGAAGUGUUGCUGCAAGCAAUUCUGGUAUGGUAAGUCUUCUACCUGUGUGUCCAGAAGACACAGUGAUUGCAGGCAUGCCAUGUAAACAAAGUGUCAGCGCACAUGAAGCCAGCUGGCUACGUUUAAACAAGUCAAUUUCACACAAACCAAGAAGGCCUGAAUGUGUUGUGCUCCCGGAACAUUCAUGGAAGGCGUUGAAAAAAGGAGACAAAUCCAUGGUACACAUGUUAUCUUCCUGUCCUAAAAAGUCUUGCACCUAUGGUCUACCUUCUGUUCCAUGUCAGAGUGCUAGCAUGGUUAACUUUGUGACUACUUUUCCAAGAAAAUGCAACAUUAUUGGUUUUCCUUCCAAGGAUCCAUCCAUUCAUGUUGAAAGUAAAGCUUGGAGGUUGGAUAAUAAUAGUUUGUGUGAGCAGCUCUCAAGAAAGGCAAGUGUGGUGAUUCCAGGAUAUAAGGUGACCAGGUUCCCAUGCCCAAACAAUGCCAAGCUGUUGCCCUCGUGCCCUCUCAAAGCCAGAAUAGUUGGCUUUCCAUCAGCGCAUCACACAUAUGCUAUGAUCCAUCUGCUUCCAACAUAUCCAAGACAAUCAAGUGUCAGUGGUAUUCCCUCCAGAUUCCACAGUGGGUCUCAAUGGAAUGUUGACAAGAGUUCAAUUUGGGAAAAAACAUUGGAAAAGCCAGGAACGAUUUCAUCAAUAAAAAAGUAUAAAAUAUCUUUAAAAAAUAAAGCACUUCAUGCAUUGAUGAUAUCAAUGUUGCCCUCUUGUCCCAAACACUCUACAGUUUAUGGAAUUCCCUUCAAGGUUGACAAAAGACAAGAAGACACUACCAACAUGUUUAAAUCCAAUAACACUUUCCUAAAACAUACUCAAAUUCCAGGUUUGUCAGCAAAGGAAAUUGCAUUAGAAGAAGGUAACAGUUGGCAUGUGAACACAGGGUCACUCUGUAAAAAAAAAGUAAUUAGGCAGUUGAAAUUUGUCUCUCCACUUUCUCCACCGGAUAAGAUGUCUUCCAACAACGAAGAACGAAUGCUCUCUAGGCUGCCAUCCUGUCCCCAAGAAGCACGCAGCUUUGGAUUCCCCACUGCAGAGCGACAACACAAUGAGAACAUGGUGUAUAUGCUGUCAUGUUGCCCAACAUGGUCUAAGAUUGCAGGGUUCCCCUCAAAAGAGGGGACCCUUGCUGUUCACAACAUCGCCACUCUCUGGGAAAUGUUUAUGAAACUUCAACAUUGUACACCUAAAAAAACAUCAAGAACAAUCCUUUCCCUCCAACCUACUGCUAACUGGAUGAGAUCCUCAAAGGAAUUGCUUCCAAAUAUGGUCAAUAUUUUGCCAUCUUGUCCAAAUAAAUCUUCUGUCCUGGGGAUGCCUUCAACAAAUGCACACUGUUUAGUACAAGAGCUUCCAAUCCCAAUUGACAUUGAAUCACCUCCGGGGACGAUUAAAGAUGAACACGGUUUGAUGAAGGUGCGAGUUGAGGAACCAGUAACUGCUCUAAACGCAGGGUGAGUUACUUCAUGAUGUCGGCCUAAUGCAUGAUAUUUUUUUAAAUAUUGUUUUUUAUAUUGUGUUUUCAGAAUGCCACCUUUAACCACUGAAAUGUUGGCCUGUGCCACAUACAGGUGGGUUGUAUGGCAAUGGUGUGAUGGGCUCCCACAUGUACUUGCGUGUUUGCACAAAUUCCACUAAGCUUUGACAGUUGCGUGUAGGAAUCCUCUCAAUGUUCAUAAUCCAUGUGAACUUUGAUUGCACUGAGUCUAAUGUGCUCGUCAUUGCUUGUCUUGGAGCUUGUUGUGCUCUAAAAAUCAAGGAAUAACUGCACGCUGGGAAUGCUAUAUUGUAAUCCACUAAUCACAAUGAUUCCACCCUUCUAUUUUGACUGUAACCUAUAUUUUCUGAUCCUUAGAGAGGACAGUAGGGUUUUACUGCAGCUGGCUUGCCAAAUGGAUAUUGAUGCAUCAGUAUUACCAUCCAGCCACAUGAGUAGUUGUGGACAGAAUAUGCAAGAAGAAUAUGCUCUAUGUGAGCAUCUAGCAAAACCAUCUACAGCCAACAGAAGAAUGGGAGUUAAUGAAGAAAUGGUUCAUCCACUUCCAUCUUUGUCUCACACUGAUGAAGAAGUGAUCCCUAAGUUCUUAAAGAAUGAUACAAAUCUGAUUCAAUCAGAUGUUGUUGAACAAAUGGAACUGACUCCAAAUGUUCCAUUUUUGAUGAGGACUGUGAUAGAGUACCAACAAGCCAUUCUCUUGGGGACUUACCCCAAUACAACAGAGAUCCCCGGCAUGCCGUCUAAGCGUGGCUUUACGGACAAAGUGUGGCCAAUCAAAAAGUGGCAACAUUGGGCAAAAAUAUCUAAAAAGCAGGAUCAGGAAGUUUUCCAGCCAUAUGCAUACAAAGACAUUAAAAAGAAUAAGGAAAUGGUUUUACUGGUGCCAACUUGUCCUGCAAAGGCCAGACAUCCUGGAUUCCCAUAUGUAAAACAACAUGAAAGUAUUGUGGCUCUUUAUCCCUCUUGCCCAAGAGUUUCGUCUAUUGCUGGUACACCAUCUUUUUGUCAGGCCAAUGAUAGAUGUUGGUUAUCUCAACCUAAGACACUUUUGGAGAAGACCACCAGGACUGUGAUGGUGAAAGAUUUUCCUAUCAAAGAUGUAAUUGAAUCCAUGGUAUUAUUAACCCAAGCUUGUCCAAAACAGGCUUCUAUUUUUGGGAUUCCAUCUGCUCUGACUCCUACUAUAAUGUUUAGUGGCUUGAGUGAGGUCAACAUUCUUCCAUCCUGUGCAUCUACUUCCAGCUUGGCUGGUUGGCCGUCUUUGCUUACAGCCGACAGCAAAGACUGGGAUCCAAUAGGAAUAAGUCAUUCUUUGUGGAAGAGAGCACAUUUUUUGGAGUCUGGCUUAUUACAAGAGAAAAGCAACUUGCUCAAAUAUCUGAAAGGAGACAUUUCUCUUCUCCAGUGUUGCCCAAGAAAAUCCUGCAUCCCCGGUUUUCCUUCCACGCAACAAGUCACACUAACUGACUCAAACAUGGUUAGUCUUGCAAGAUCAUGCCCCAAAACAUCAGAAAUAGCAGGAUUUCCUUCAUUGGAUCAUCCAGAAGAAUGCAUAGUUAGCCGAGAGCAACUCUUUAAAGCAAGAAUGUGUGAAAAGCAGGUGCUAUUGAUGAGAAGCUUUCCCAAGGACAAGAUAAAUAUGAAAACAAUGUAUUUCCUUGUGCCAUCCUGUCCAAAAAAGGCACAGACACCAGGAUUUCCCUCUCAUCCAAAUCCACCAAAUGCAUAUUGUGCUCCAAAUAUGAUCAGCCUUUACACGCUGUGCUGUCAUGUUUCAAACAUAGCUGGAUUUGCAUCAGUGUAUGGAAGUGACAAUAACAGGUGGUUGAUUGAAAAGGCGGCACUGCCAAAGAGGGCACCCAGGAUGGCCCUAAUACAUGACAUAUCAAAUGACUACAAGAAGCAAAUGAAAAGUAUGGUUUUCCUUGUACCUACCUGUCCUAAAGUAUCAUGUAUAACUGGCCUUCCAUCCAAUCCACAUACUAGUGUUGUGCAUUUUGGACCAAAUAUUGUUAACCUCAUUCCUCUGUGCCCACUAGUUUCCACCAUUCUUGGAUUCUCCUCAAUUGAAAAGAUAAAUGAAGAAAUAUGGGUCUUUGAGCAGGGUUCAUUGGUGCACAAACUGCAAAAGAAUAAGAUGUUAGAGAUUAACAGCUUGCCAGUUCACCUCGCUAAGGUCAACAACAUGUUUGCCAUUGCACCGUCUUGUCCCCAAGUUUCAAGGAUCCAAGGAUUUCCAUCAGUACCUCAAAGCAAAGCCAAUAUGAUCAGUUUGCGAGCUUGCUGCCCAAAGGCUUCAUGCGCGAAAGGAUUUGCAUCCAUCACUACAGGCCCAGUGACAAGGUGGGUGAAUGAAACCAAGCCCAUAUUAAUCACAACUAACAGGGAAAAGGCAGAGCACAUUUUUAAUCUUUCUGGACACAAAUACAGCCAGAACAACAAAGUGAGAAUGCUCACUUCGUGCCCUAAAAAGGCCAUAGUCCAUGGCUUUCCAUCUGCUCACAUAAUUAACAAAGCACCAGAUAUGGUGAGCUUAUACACAUUAGCGCCCUGCGUUUCUCGUGUCCCAGGAUUCCCAUCAGCUAGGAUGCUUAGCUUUGACGUUCGUACACAUAACCAUUCUUCCAUUUUGUUAGUGGAGCAGAAGAAUGAGAAGGAGAGGAUUACCAUUGCCAGUUAUGCAUCAGAAAGUCACAAUUAUACACCAGAGAAAAUUAUGCAAAUGCUAUCACUAGCUUCAUCAAGUCCACAUCACACUAGAAUUCAUGGCUGUCCCAGUAACUCCAUCUUGGAUUCAACAUGGAGGGAAAGUGGAGAUGAUGAAAAUGAGUCAUACGAAGAAACCCAACGUGUUGCAUAUGAGGAAAGUUUCCGAGGCACUACAAGUCAAAGCAUGGGUUCAUUAUAUGCUAACGGCAUCACAAAUGGAGUAAAAACACAACAGAAACAAAUAGAUAUAUCAGAGCCAGACGGAAUCUCAGGCUGGGAAGUACUGGAGCUAGAAGGAACAUUGACUGGAAAACAGACAGAAUCUUCCUUAUCAGCCAAAGAGGAUGAUACUUCAGGAUUAGUACACACUAUUGUGGGUGUUCUUCAUAAAGGUUAUGAAACCGUAGCGUCCAUGUUGGGGCCGUCCAGCUCUGCUGUGGAUGAAAGUCCUCUCCAACUGAAAGCUCUGACUGUGAUGCCUUCGCAUGAUGAGGUGUCACAACAGUGUUUUGUCGACACAAGAAGCAUACAGGAGCUUGUUCCUGUUGAUAACCACUUUGAGGACUGUGGACCAUGUCCUUCUGCUGAGAAACCACUACGAAAUGAAGUGGUUCCUCCAUCACCAAAUGCACACAGUGAUGAUGGCUUUUUGAUGUGUGUAACUAUGAAGAAAUGGCCACCAUUGACUGAGGAAAACUUGGCUGGGACGUCAGUGGAGGAUAGAAUUAAGAACAAUCAAUGUCCUACAAAUGACCACGACUUACCAGUGUCCACUGAAUGUCUGUUAGUCAGCCACCAGACUGCCAGUGAUCUUCCAACACUGUCCAAACUGGAUGUAGGCCCUCAAAAAGCAAGUUGUGAUGAAAGCACCCUCCAUCCUUCAUUAAGUCCAUUAUUGGCUGGAAUUCUCAAAGACGCAACCUCAGAUGAUGAGAAUUUUUGUACAGUUAUUUCUCAGAUGAACACAACUGUGGAAGACAUUCAACAAAGAGAGUGUGAACUACAACGGCCAAAGCACAAACAGAAAAUAGAUGGUCUGUCUGAGGUUGUUCAAACCCAGUCUUGUGCAAUAACAUCCACACCACCUACCACAUACUUUUCUGUUUCUUCUGGUAGAAGCCUACCUGUAGAUUUGGCUGAAUGUGUCCAUCAACAACAACUGGAUAUUGAAAGUGUUGACGGUAGUUUUCCUCAGAAAAGUGUCCCAAGCAAGCCUGUGAGAAGAAAAGAGCGUGUCACCACUGAAACAGCUAACAAUGAAGCGCUUCCUACUACACCUGUAAACAUCAAACAAGGUUAUUGUGAAUCGGAUGUCCUACAGACAGACACAGAAAAGAAUGAGAUUACUCCAUCUGUCCAGGGUCAAGGGUCUUUCUCUUCCAAAAAAAAGGAACUUCAAUACGUCGCACCAAAACAAGAGCAGCUUUAUGUCAAGCAACAUGAGUCCUUCUCCAUUAUCAAAAUGAUUGGUCCUAAACAAAGUGGCAGGAAAUGUCAACCCAUCCCAAAGCCUCGUGCCAGGAAAUGUUUGAGUGGCUUUUUCUCAGAUGACAUCACAUUAGCAGAACAUGGAAAACCUCAGGCUACAGGAGAUGAAGCCUCUAAAUGGAAAGCGGAAGUGUCAGUGGUGCACUUGACGAAAAGCAGACUACAAGAAGUAGACAGUACAUCAGGACCCUCAAUAUUUCCUAUACCAAAACCAAGGAUCAAGAAUCGUCUUAGUGCUUCAUUUUCAGAUGUGACGACACUUUCUUCCUUGUUCGACGCAGCCGCUGACAUCUCUGAAAGACAACUUGACCUAGACCAACACGACCAGUCAAGCUGGCCUGUUCCGCUGCCUCGAGCUAAGAAAUGCACACCACCUGCAGAAACCUUCUGUACCUCAUCAACUUCUGACGCCUCAACAAAGAAAGCAAGUGUAGUUGGAUCAACAUUGCAUGAUCCAAAAUAUGUGUUUACAUUUAAAGAGGGGCAUGGAAAAGAAUACCCACAUACUGUCUCUGAUGUGGUCCAUGGCUGCAAGCCAAGCAUGGACAUCACUUCGUUGACCUCCUCUGAGGAUGACAUAUUGCACCAUAAAGACAGUGAGUCAGUUAAGUCCGAGAAAAAAGUGAAGAUUGAAGACUUUGUGUCUGUACAUGCUGACAGGGACACUUUGCACUUAAGUGACAGCAAUGCCGAACAAAUAUCGACUCCAACAAAACUUCAGGAUGGCUCAGCCCCUCCAGAAAAUGUUUCUGGCAGUCCAAGCUUGGUAAAAUCCAGUCAGUCUCUACUCGAGUGGUGCAAGUACAUCACUCAGGGUCACAAAGGGCUAAGGAUCACCAACUUCAGCACCUCGUGGAGGAAUGGUCUGGCUUUUUGUGCCAUUUUGCAUCACUUUCACCCUGACAAGAUUAAUUAUGAACUACUAGACCCAUAUGACAUCAAGCACAACAACAAAAAGGCAUUUGACGGUUUUGCUGAGCUCGGCAUUUCCAGAUUGAUGGAGCCAUCAGACAUGGUCAUGCUGCCAGUGCCUGAUCGUCUCAUUGUCAUGACGUACCUCAGCCAGAUUCACGCUCAUUUCAUGGGCCAGGAGCUUAGCGUGCUUCACAUUGACAAAGACGCCAGUGAGUCCAGCUAUGCACUAACUGCGGAGCGGGAAGGCCAAGAGGACACAGAAGCGACCGUACGCUACUGUGCCCAGAGGCUUCAGGAGGAGGGCAUUACUUUGGAGACCAACGGCUCCACCAGCUCAACCGAAGAAGGUCAAAGCAACAUGGAUGUUCCUCCAACGCCCAGAAGCCAAUGCCCACAAGUGUUGUCUGGGGGCUGUGACUCCCCAUCACCCGUCGUACCGCCGAGGACUCACUUCCUGUCUAAGUCUACUUUCUCUCACGUUAAAGAUGCAGAUCUGCUCAGGAAACGCAGGUCUCAGAGGAGGAGCGCGUCUCAGGAGGACGCACACUCUUCAAUGGCUAUUGCUGAGCAAGAAGACAGUGAAGGCACUACAACAGAAAUGAUAGUGUCAACAGUGGCUGAGGAGGGAAGGCCAGAAGGACAGGACCCCAGCCAGUAUGUUUUAAGUCAAAUGGAAGCCCUGGAAGCAGAACAAAACCACAUAGAUAGCAGAGCUGCAGUUGUGGAGAGGAGUCUCAGACAACUCAUGGACACAAGCAGUGACAAGGUGCAAGAGGAGCGACUUAUUCAAGAAUGGUUCACACUGGUCAACAAGAAGAAUGCAUUGAUAAGACGACAGGAUCAUCUGCAGCUGCUGCUGGAGGAACAUGAUUUGGAAAGAAGGUUUGAGCUGUUAACCAAAGAGCUGCGAGACAUAAUGGCCCUUGAAGAGUGGCAGAAGACAUUGGCCCACAAGCACAGGGAGCAGCUGCUGCUCCAGGAGCUGGUGUCACUGGUCAACCAGAGAGACCAGCUGGUCCACAGUAUGGACGCCAAGGAGAGAGGUGCUCUUGAGGAAGACGAGCGCCUGGAACGAGGCCUGGAGCAGCGCAGGAGGAAGUACGCCCAGCAGCAGCAGGACAAGUGUGUGAUCCAGUGAUCUUUACAAAAGGCUGUGGGUGGGUCCAUGUGGCACUUUGCUGUCAUAUUGCUGCCUCUUUGCUCCUGUCUUCAUGACUACAGAUUUAUAUACUUUUAGGAUGAGUUAUUUUUCAAGUGUUGUUGUUGGGAAGUGCCUUUUAAGACCGUGAACAAGUGACUCCAUUUUAAAUGUACAGUUUUAUCCUUUGACUUUCUGUAAGUCCUUUUAGUGCCAAUACAUCCACACAAGAGUGGAGAAGCAUAGUAUACAACUUACAACGAAACAUUGCAUGUGACCUCUCUUGUAAAAGCCAGCAUAGUUUACAGUGUCCUUACAGGAAUAUUGCUGCUUCAUAAUUUUUUAAUCGUUGAUUGGAUGCCUGUAGUUAAGCGUAAUCACCAAUGGAUGGCACCAAAAGCCACAUUUUCUGUUAAGGGACAUGCUUUGUUGGAAAAGAUUAUUAUACAAGGGACAAGUGGUAGAAAAUGGAUGGAUGGACUUACAUUUCCAUUAAUACGCUAAAAACCUAUAUUGGAUGACUUUAACUUAAAAAGUGUAUACCCAAAGUACAGUAACUGUUACAUAAUAUAUUUAAAGCUUUAUUUGUAUUGUGCCUUGUCACUGUAAAGUGAAAAGGGAUCUCUUUCCUUUUUAAUGUGCCUUUUUACUACUAGAUAUCGGCUCAAACAACCUUGCAUCAAUUUUUUCCCCAGUUUGUAAUUGUCUAUUCAUGGUUUUGGGAGCCUUUUGUAGGUGCAGAAUUUGCAAAGACCAAGUGUUAACACAUUUAGGUUUAUUAUGUUACCAUCGACAGCAGCCUAAAUCACUUUCACGGCUGCAAACAGGAGGAUAAGGGCAAGGAAUGCCGUAUUUAAGUUGUCUUUAAUUUAUUGCUUUCUUUUAAGAUUUUACUAUUUAUUCAAUUUGUCGCCUGCAGACGUGUCUUUUUUUUCCCCUCCGAACCCAAAUUAUGCACUUGUUAUUGCUGCAUUGCACCUUAAAACAUGACAUAGGAACUGCAGUCGUACAAAUGAUGUACAGUAUGUAUGAAACAUUUGGAAAGCAUCUGGAAAUAGCAAGUUAUACAUACAUGCAAGUCAGGAUGCUCUAAAAUAGGACUAGUUUUGAAUGAAAGAAGUAUUCCCUAUUGUCAAAAGUUUUUUGCAGUUAUGCUUGUUGUUCAAAAGAGUACUGACUGUUACUUUCAGGUUGUUUUCAUCCUUCAUAUGCACAUUUUGUCACGUUUGGAAAAGAUUUCAGUGCCUGCACAACUGCAAAUUGUUUGCAUUAAAUAUAUCUAUUUUAGUGUGA